GAACGUAUGCCGAAGAUCUCAGCGUUCGUUACUAAAAUAGCUAUCGCUCCUUUAUUUUCACCCUCGCUUCCUCUUUCUCUCGUCCUUUUCCUCUGUGUUUCUCUGAAAAAUCUGAGGCUCUGGGCCAUCAACAGGAGGAAGAAGAAGAAGAAGAAGAAACACAAGCGCCGUCAACAUUAUGUUGUGCUUUAGAUCAAACCCGUCUUUCUUUCUUCUCAUUUUCACCUUCUUCUUCCUCUUUGUUGUUUCCGUCUCUGGAACCGCUCCUUCCAACCACUCUUGGCGUUUUCCAGAAGAUGGUGUGGAAAUUGUUGGUAGAAGUCAGUAUCUUGACGUGCUGCCAUGGAAGACAAGGAGAUUACUGGCCAAUGAAACAACGGGCAAUAGUUCUCUCGUGUUGGCUCAGGACAGAACUCGCCGGAAAGAUCCUCUGGACCACUUUAACCGCUACACUGGUGGUUGGAAUAUCAGCAACAAGCAUUAUAUUGCCUCAGUUGCUUUUACUGCGGUCCCCUUCUUCGUCGUUGCUGCAGUUUGGUUCGUGCUAUUUGGGCUUAGCUUAUUCAUUAUCUGUCUGUGUCGUUGCUGUUGUCCAAGAGAACCUUAUGGUUAUUCUCGAACAGCUUAUGCUCUGUCCUUGAUCUUCCUCAUUUUCUUCACCCUGGCAGCAAUAGCUGGAUGUGUUGUCCUCUACACUGGUCAGGGGAAAUUUCAUGGCAGUUCGUCGGACACACUGGAUUAUGUUGUCAAGCAGGCUGACUUCACCGCUGAAAACCUCAGGAAUGUGUCAGAUUAUCUCGAUGCAGCUAAAAAGAUUGGAGUUGAUGCUAUUUUUUUGCCAUCGGAUGUUCAGAAGAACAUAGAUGAUGUUCAAACAAAAAUCAGAUCUGCUGCAACAACUCUUUCCAAUGAGACCCGUGAAAAUUCUAAAAACAUACAAGACGGUUUUGAUGCCAUGAGAUUCACUCUUAUUGUUAUUGCAGCUGUUAUGCUCUUUCUUGCAUUUCUUGGGUUCAUAUUUUCCAUCUUUGGGCUGCAGUGUCUUGUAUACUUUUUGGUGAUUGUUGGAUGGGUUCUUGUUGCUGGAACAUUUAUUGUGUGUGGUGUAUUUCUCUUUCUUCACAAUGCGGUUGCAGAUACUUGUGUUGCCAUGGAUGAGUGGGUGCAGAACCCUACUGCUCGUACAGCCUUGGAUGAUAUUCUUCCUUGUGUGGAUAAUGCUACUGCACAGGAAACCUUGACUCGAUCCAAGGAUGUGACAUUCCAAAUCGGCAAGAUAAUUGACAACGUCGUCGCCAAUAUCACUAACCGGAACUUCCCACCUAGCGCGGGACCUUUGUACUACAAUCAGUCUGGUCCCCGCAUGCCAUCGCUUUGCAAUCCAUUCAAUCCUGAUCUCACAGAUAGGCAGUGUGCAGCUGGGCAAGUGGCUUUGGACAAUGCCACUGAGGUAUGGAAGAAUUAUACCUGUCAGGUUUCAGCCUCUGGCAUAUGCAACACACCGGGCCGUAUGACUCCAACAAUAUAUGGUCAAAUGGCAGCUGCGGUGAACGUGAGCUACGGUCUGUAUCAUUACGGACCAUUCUUGGUAGAUCUCGAAGAUUGCACUGUUGUCCGGAACACAUUCUCAGACAUCAGUGGCCGGUAUUGCCCAGGUCUCAGAAGAUACACCCAGUGGAUCUACCUCGGAUUGCUCAUCGUAUCCCUCGCAGUGAUGCUUUCUUUGAUCUUCUGGGUUAUCUACGCCAGAGAGAGGAGGCAUCGUGUGUACACCAAAAAUCUCUUGACAGAAGAUAAAGCCCCUUGAAGACAUCAUCCGGCAUUAUUAAUGUUGUGGGGAAGACCAUGAUGGUGUUCAUAUGAGUUUGAUGCUGUGCAGAUUUUUGAUUCACUUAUGUUGAUUAUUGGUAUUUGUUGUUUGUAUUGAAGAGGUGUUUAAAUCCCCUGGUAGUAUAAGUAAUAUAUAGGAAGUGGUACUUGUGGUAGUGUAUUUAUUAUUGUGUAACUUUCAUUUGUGUAUGUAUGAAUGAGCACUUAGAGAAAGCUUUGGCUUCGGCACUUGUUAACGUGAAUUUUGGAUCUUA